AUGCCGAGGAGCACGCGACGCAGGUCACGCAAGCACGGCCGGGAGGAGCGGGACAGGUCGGACUCCGACGAGGACCCGCGCCCGCGGGAGAAGGGGUCCGCCAGGGAGCACGAGAAGCGGCUGGCAUCGGCGGCUGCGAAGCUUCCCAAUGCGGGCGAGGCGUCUGGCUCGUCGGCGGAGGGGCUGAAGAAGAGGAAGAGCAGAGGGGAGCAAGAGGCUGACACCAGGGACGAAAGGCGGAGCGGCGGCGGGGAGGAUGAGAGGAAGAGGAGGAAGAGAAGAGGGGAGCAAGAGGCUGACACCAGGGAGGAGAGGCGGGAGGAUGAGAGGGUUAAUCACCGUGACUCGAAGAAGUCGAGGAGUUCGGAUGGUGAUGUCAAGGGGAAGUCUGCAAGGAAUUCUGAUAGGUCUGACGAGGUUAGCAGAAGGAAGUCGAGUAAAGGGGCAUUGUUGGAGGAAGAUAGCGCCGGCGAGCAUCGCCGGGUCAAGGAGAGGGGGGUUGAGCUUGAGGCAGAGAAGUCAAAAGAAAGCAAGGGAGACAAUAUCGAUCAGCAGUAUAAGAUGGUGAAGGAUAGGAGUAGGGAUCAUGAUAAGGGGGAUGAGGGCAGGCAAGAUGCAUCACUGAAAGCUAUGCCAAGAAACAAAGAGAGGAGUAAGUGUAAUGGAACUGAUGCAGAUCGUCAUCGUGAAGAUGAGUUGCACGAUGUUGAACUAGAAAAGAAUGGGAGGCACAGGAAAACGAAGGAUCUGUCUGUUGGGAAAGAUGAGUCACAUGGUGGCAGCAGGGAAAGGCAAACCAUGACUAGGGAUGUUCGUACCAAGGUUGAUGGAUAUUACGAGCAACAGCACACAGAUGAAAAAUUCAAAGAUGACAUGCCUAGAGGUGUGGAAAAACGUAGAGAAGAGAAAUAUAAGGAUGAUAGGUCCAAAGUUCAGGAUAGGUAUAAGAAUAACAAAUACAAAGAUGAUAGGUAUAAAGAAGAGGAAAGACAUAGUAGAGAUGAUAGGUAUAAAGAAGAGGAAAGACAUAGUAGAGAUGAAAGGUAUAAAGAAGAGGAAAGACAUAGUAGAGAUGAAAGGUACAGAGAGGAAAGGUCUAGACAUGAAGAUAGACAUAAGGAUGUAAAAUACAAAGAGGAAAGAUCUAAAGAGGAGGGCAGACAUAAGGAUGAAAGAUACAAAGAGAAGCCUAGAGAUGAAGAGAAGCCUAGGAAUGAAAGAUCUGACAAUAACUCUAGAGAGAAACAUCGAGAUGAUAUUUAUAGAAAUAGUAGGAAUCAAGAUGGUGGAUCACGGGGAGUGCGAUCCUCAAAGGAUAACACUAGAGACAGAUCUUUGGAAAAGCACCAGAAGGACGAACUUAAUUACUCAGAUAGCAGGUAUAAUAAAAAUAGACUUAAUGACAAUGAAGAGAAUGCAUCUGCUGCUGAUCACAGGAGCACCAAGUAUAGAGAUGAUAGCAAAGUGAAGAAACGGUCUUAUGAAGAAAAUGGUGAUCUGGAGCCGAGGAAUGCAAAAGAAUAUCAUGGAGAUGCUACUACAAAACACAGGUCUGAUGUAGGCUCAUUUCUAUCUAGUGAAGACCGUAGACGGGAAUAUGAGAAGGUUGAUUCUCGGAAGAGGGAUUUUGAGAGGAAGAGCCCUUCUAGAUCCAGUACGUAUCAUGUGAAGGAGCAAAGCAGGCAUUUCCCAAAACAAGAAGAAUCCUCACCCAGGGAGUAUGGUGCUGCCCUGGGAAGACAGAGACGGACAUCUGACUUUCAAUCAGUUGAUGGUCUCAGUAUAACUGAUGCAAAUAGCAAAGAAUCCUCGCACCCCUCAAAAGAUGGUAGAAUUUUGAGAUCUGAUGGCCGACCAAUUCAUUUUAAUGACAGACCACCAUCAGCGAGUGAUCGGCAAGUUCCUAUCCGGAACAAUCUGAGCAGUAAUACUAGACAUCAUGAGUUAUUAUUGAAUGGCCGAGCGACCGAGAACUAUCAAAGUGCAUCACCAGGGCAUCUCCAUGUGGCACCUGAUAGGUCUGAGAUGGACACUCAAAGAUCCUUUGAUGAUGAUACUAGGAGCCAGGUUAGGGAAUGCCGAUCAAGCAGCCGCUCUAGAAGAAGUGGUACUAUUGAUACUGCAAGAGGGCACGGUAACACUUGGAAUAAUCCCUCUUCAUGGCCUUCGUCAGUACCUAAUGGUUUUGGUCCUUUCCAGCAUGGGCCUCCAGUCCCUGGUUUUCAUCCAGCUAUCCACCAAUUCCCUUGGAUGCGACCACCUAUGGAUAUGAAUCAUGCUGGGGUUCAUUAUCCUCUGCAUGGACAUCCUGAAAGUUUUUCUCAAUUUGCACAACCAUUUCCAUGGCACAAUUCCGCAGAAGAACCAUAUCUCUCUGGAUUGCCAGUUUGGAAUGCAAACAGAAAUGUCGUUGAAGAAUACUCUGACAGCUAUGGCGGACGAGAUUUGGUCAAGAAUAAAGAUUCUGAUUUUCAGCAGCAGGCAGAGACAGAGGUGCCACUUCCAUCUCAUACUUCUGACAAGCCUUCACUGAUUCAGUUCCCAGCUCAAAAUCAAAGUGAGAACUCUGAAGUCAAACCAGUUGAUGAGAGCAAUGCUGCAAAGGCUGAUGCACAUGCUCCAAAAUAUAAAUCUGAGAGAACUCCUGGACCUUCUAAUGUAGAAGUGGAUUCUCGGUUUUGCUCUACCUAUUUUAAGAGCCUUGACAUUUCUGCAAGCCUUGCUUCACCAGAGUUGUACAAAAAAUGUAUUACAAUGGUGGGGGAGUUUGAACUGGCUGAAUCUUCUAAAUUUAGCAUGCAUCGGUCCUUGAAGAAUAAUAAAAACGAGCAUGGAUAUCAAGCAGAAGGUACCAAAUACAUGGUAAAAUCCAUGUUUUCUGGGAAAGCUACUUCUGUAUUUGAGAAUGCCAUGGCGCUUUAUAGUUCAAGCACUGGGUCUUGGAAGUUCAAAACUCUUGCAUCAUCGUCACAAGAAGAAAUUGACAAGACGAUCAAUCAGGCUUCUGUGGACAUGGUGGAGGAAAGCAAUGUUACUGUAGCUGAGUAUCAAUCAUUGCCGUGUACUGAUAUGUGCGAUGAAGUACACAAUAACGACCAGCCUCAUCUUGAGGCUGGGGCUGCAAAAGAUUGCAGCAACACAGGCGAAGACAAGGUGGGCUCAGAUAUUGGGGACAAAAGCCUCGGCAUCAACCAUAGUGAGGGGCAUGCUUCUGACGCUGAGGAGCUGCAAGUUCCGGGCAAUGGCGAGGGACAGCUCCCUCCGGUGGGCAGCAUUCCCAGCGUUCCGAAAGAACAGGUUUGUGGUGUCAUUUCUGACACUACAUUUCCCUCUGGUUCUCAGUUGAGCGAGGGUGUUAAUUUAAAACGGAUACCUUGCUCUCCUGGGAGUACUUAAAAAACAAUUAAUUCCAUUUAUUGCUCCAAUCAGUAUCCCAUUUCCUUUAGCUGGUAUCCAUCGUGCGAUUCAUUUUUCCUUUUCUCCCAUCAUGUUUUGUUUCUGUUUGGAGAAUGGCAGGGUUCUCCAGUGUGCCCCCCUUGUUCUGCCGUGGUGUGUGGUGGCUCAAGUGCGAUCAAUAAAAAGUUAUCUUCUUCAUUUCA